AUGCCGUUCAAGAGGUUCGUGGAGAUCGGGCGGGUGGCCCUGGUGAACUAUGGCAAGGACUACGGCCGCCUCGUCGUCAUCGUCGACGUUGUUGACCAGAACAGGGCACUUGUUGAUGCUCCGGACAUGGUCCGCUGCCAGAUGAACUUCAAGCGGCUCUCUCUGACCGACAUCAAGAUUGACAUCAAGCGGAUCCCUAAGAAGGCAACUUUGAUCAAAGCAAUGGAGGAAGCUGAUGUGAAGACCAAGUGGGAAAACAGCUCAUGGGGCAAGAAGCUGGUUGUCCAGAAGAGGAGGGCAUCGCUCAAUGACUUCGACAGGUUCAAGGUCAUGCUCGCCAAGAUCAAGAGGGGAGGAGCUAUCAGGCAGGAGCUAGCGAAGCUUAAGAAGGAGGUUGCUGCUGCUUAG